AAACCACGCUGUUUGUCAAGCUAUGUCAUCAGUUUUACUCGCGUAUUCACAGUAAAUAGUUGCACUUUUUUUUAUUGCUCUACAAUAUUUCAUUUAAUCUUUACAAUGAAGACUCUAUUUGUAAUUACGUUUACUUCAGUUGUAAUUAAUGGAGCUUUAGCUCAGUCAUUUAAUUUAGGUCCAUGUCCAAAAGUAAAUACGGUUGAAAAUUUAGACAUUGAAAGAUACUCAGGACUUUGGUAUGAAAACGAACGUAGUUUUCCAAUGAUUUUUGAACUUGGUGGUAGGUGUGUUACCGCCAAUUACAGUGCCAAUAGCGACGGAACAGUAAAAGUUGUCAAUAGUCAAAUUUCAUCGAUAACUGGUUCGGAAUCUUCAAUAACCGGCACAGCUCGCGUCAAUGACGAAGCAUGCAAUAAUACGACCUGUGGUAAGUUAAUAGUGACAUUUCCAAUCCCAGUGAUUGGAGAAGUCGAUGGAACUUACUGGGUUCUUGAAACAGACUAUACAACUUAUUCUGUUGUAUGGAGUUGCACUGAUUAUAAAGCUUUUCAUAUAUCAUACGCUUGGGUUUUAACCAGGGAUCGAAACCCUUCAGAGGCUGUUGUAAAGCAAGCAACGAGUCUCUACGAAAACGACAACCCCGAAUAUAUUUUCAUGACAAAAACUGAUCAAGAAAACUGUUGA